GUCAAAAAAAAAUAUCCGUCGCAUGUGUGAAGAUGAGCUUGCCAAGCGGCAUGGACAUGCAGACCCUCAUGUCUCAGCAUCCCGUGCUGGGCUCGAUACCGCCCGCGUUCUUUUUGCGCGCCUCCGAACGAUACCAGAGGACUCCUAAGUGCGCCAGGUGCCGUAAUCACGGGGUCGUUUCUGCACUGAAAGGUCACAAAAGAUACUGUCGAUGGAGAGAUUGUAGCUGCGCCAAAUGCACCCUUAUCGCGGAACGGCAAAGAGUAAUGGCAGCUCAGGUGGCCCUUCGAAGGCAACAGGCCCAGGAAGAGAACGAAGCCAGGGAACUGGGACUCUUGUACGGUACUGGGUCCACGACAGCUCCGGCCGCGAUGCCCCAGGUUCCCGAACCACCGUCCGCAAUGCCCACACAUCCCGACAUGGGAUUAAUUCAGAGAACCAAGUUCGAAUUGUCCGACGGGUCAUCCGAACCUUCUAGUCCUUGUAAGUAA